UCUUUUGCUGAUUCAAUUCGAUGAAUUGACAACUGAAACUUUUUUUAUUUAGAGUCUGACGUCGGCCGACACAAGGCUUGCUUGCUCUGUGUGUAACUAGCCAGACGUUGUUGGUUGGUCCUCACUAAGAAAUUUUGCAAACAGUGUCUGUUGCUGGCAGGAACGACAAAAUGCUUUUAAACAACCACCACUUCUCUUCUGCUUAACUACUCUACUCACUGUUACAAUGGCAACCUUCGCAAACCAAAGAAAACAUUAGACGAACAGCGUGGGAUGCGUGGUUCACUGGCACAACUUGGUCCAGUUCCAACGCAUUAUCCCCCCCCCCUAGGCGGGUUUGCUGACUGGCACCUUCCAAUAAACCUGUUGUUACCUGCAGGGACUUUGGUGAUUUGUCACAAGCAUGUCACUGAGGGGGAAUCACGCGGCUGGGGAAAGUGGUCGGACAGACCUCACCAUCGCAAACCCAUCCGCGCACAGGUCCCCUUGUAUAACGCGACCGCGGACUCACAAGGUGCUGCUGGUGUUACCGGAUCGUAGGCUAGACAGAGCCAGCCGGGUCUUUCCUCUCGCCAUAUAUAAGAACACCCUCGCCCUCGCCCUUAUACGAACGAUAAAGGACGGAAACUGGCGCGCUGACGUCUUACUCGGAACGGAAUUGCUCUCCCAACAUCCUUUGGAUUCUCAAUGUUACAUCGUACCGGCCAAAACACGAGCCGUCAUCGCCUUAGAAACUAACAACACCGGGGAAGAUGGCAUUCUUCCGUACACCAUCCGGCUUAGACGCCAUCCUCGACCGGUCCGAUGGCACCCUGUGGGAGCGGCUGCGCCUGAAUCCUCUGACGACGAUGGCCAGGUACCUAAACGACUUCUUCCCCGUCUCAUAUCCCGUUACCGGGCACGACAGCGACGGCCACUCGGUGACGGUGGUCUGCAUCUCCGACACGCACAACUUCCAGCCGCGCCUGCCGCCGGGAGACAUCCUCGUCCACGCGGGCGACCUCACGGCGUCGGGCACGAGGGGGGAGUUGAGACGCGCGCUGGACUGGCUGAAAGUCCAGCCUCACAGACACAAGAUCGUCGUCGCCGGGAACCACGACCUGUGUCUCGAUGAGAGCCUAUCAUCCUCGGGGAUCGGGGGGAGGAGCCCGGUGGCUGGGCGCAGCCGAGAUGAGAAAGCGGACGAAUCCGCGGGAGGCCAAGACGACGACGAUGACGACGAAGGGAACCCCCUGGACUGGGGCGACAUCACCUACCUCAACCGCACCUCGAUGACUCUCAAACUCCCUGGCCGGCCGCGUGGGAUCCGCGUCUACGGCAGCCCCUACACCCCGCGCCACGGCGCCUGGGCGUUCCAGUACCCGCGGUCACCGGCCGAGGACCCAUGGGCCGGCGCCGUGCCCGCCUCAACCGACGUCCUCGUCACCCACGGCCCGCCCAAGGGCCACAUGGAUGACCCGCGCGGCGGCUGGGGCUGUGAGCUCCUCCUGCGCGAGCUCUGGCGCGCCCGGCCGCGGCUGCACGUCUUCGGUCACGUCCACUGCGGCCAUGGGCGCGAGACCGUCGCCUUCGAUCCACUGCAGGCGGCGUACGAGGACGUCGUGCUACGCGAGGCCCUCGCCAGGGCCAGCGGCGACCCGAGGGCGUGGGCUCGGGGCUGGGCGGCUCUGGGGCAGUGUCUCGCAGCCUGGGUGCACGUUUGGUGGGGUGGCGGCAGGAGGCGGCCGGGCGAGACGGUUCUUGUGAAUGCCGCCGUUGUCGGGGGCAUCAAGGACCGGCUGGUGAGGGAGGCUAUUGUCGUUAGGAUUUAGGU